AUGACCUUCAAGAUUGUCAUCGUCGGCGGUAGCGUCGCCGGCUUGGCGCUCGCUAACAUGCUCGAGAAGUUUAACAUUGACUAUGUUGUUCUUGAAGCCUACCCCGAGAUUGCUCCCCAGGUCGGGGCCAGCAUUGGCUUGUUGCCCAACGGAUUGCGGAUCCUCGACCAACUUGGCUGUUACGAAGCGUACCGGGCCAGAGCUGAGGACCAAGUAUACCAACACGCCUAUCUUAGAGGGGAGAAUGACCGGCAAAUGCUCAUUCAAGUUCUGUACGAGAACUUGAAGCACAAAGAAAGAGUGUUAACCUCGCAAAGAGUUGUGUCUGUGGAGUUUACUGAUUCUGGCGCUCAUGUUACUACCAAAGACAAAAAAGUUUUCAGCGGAGAUAUUGUCGUCGGAGCUGAUGGAAUCCACAGCACGGUCAGGAAGGAGAUGUGGCGAUAUGCGCCAACCGGAUAUUUCCCCUUGGACGAGGAAUCCAAGGUUCCUGCCUCCACUCUGUGCGUCUUUGGGAUCUCUCACAGGCCGGACACCUACCCCGGAGCCAGUCAACACAACACGAUGUCCCCUGGCCACAGUUAUUUCGUAAUGGCUGCGCCGGGAAACCGUGUCUACUGGUUCUUGUUCAUGGAGUUAAAGACUCUCUAUGGUAGAGAUAUUCCGAGGUACACAAAGGCCGAUGAAGAGAGUAUCAUCAAGCAACACUGGAAAGAUCGCAUCCUGGAAAACAUGACACUGGGUGACCUUUAUGAGAGACGUAUCGCUACGACGCUGGCACCACUCCAAACCUAUGUCUUCGAAAAGUGGCACUACAAGAGGGCCAUCACCAUUGGAGAUUCUGCACACAAGGUUGAUCCCGUCACGGGCCAGGGAGGCAAUGGAGCAAUCGAGUCAGCUGCGCAUCUGGUCAACGCCUUGUUGCGUAACCUCGACCAAACCCCGGAUGGUCUCAAUCAGAAGCAGCUGGAGAGUGUCUUUUCUGAGGUGCAUGCCAAACGCUUUUUGCAUCUUGUACGAAGAAUCCACAAGACUGAAUUAGGAGCUGAUCAUGAUCAGGAACGUGCUCAACACAUCGUCAAACAGGGAUACUGGCUCCAGGACGCUUUCACCCUGCGAACCACCAUGGGCAAGCUGAUUGCGCGCUACUUCAUGCCUUAUUUGGGUUCUUUCGGAGUUGUCUACAGAGGCGUCGAAUUCUGUGCGCCUGCAACUAAGCUGGAGAGACUCGAUGUACCUCAUCGUCCUCGAGCAGUGUUGUUCGAGGAUGAGUUGCCAGCGAAGCCUCUCAAGAGCUUGAGCAGUUUGAACAAGCUGCUUUCUGUCGCAUUUGUCUGCAUUCUUUGUGCUAUAGCGGCAGGGGUGCUGCGUCUGCCAAGGAACCUCGAGACCCUGGUGGAUACCUUGUGCUCUUCCACCCGUGGACAUGCGUCGAUGUUGCCGGCUAUCGAGUUCAUGACGAACACCGCCUCUCUCAUCGCUCUCGCAUUGGCCGACUUGAACCGCGUGGGUAACCAGCUGACAUCUGUGACCUUCCCAAAAAUCUAUUCUCAAGAGCAGACUAACUCGGAGAAAAUCACUUUCAGCAUCGUUAUUUUCACCAUCUUCAACAACACACUCGGCCCAGGUGGCUUUGCCCCAAUCUCAUGCCUCUUUGCCCAUUGGUCAUGCAACUCCAUCGUCGGCAGACACGUUCCCCUCGAAAACGCCAAGAGAGUGUUGCCCAUCACGGCCGCGGGAUAUCUUCUACCCGCAGCCGUCGCGCUGUAUCGACAGGACGCAAACUCAAUCAACGUCUGGCGCAACGCACCGAUCCUGUGCUUCAUGUUGGCCAGGAGUCUUUCCGUGUUUGGAACACAGUCCGGAUCUCAGCAACUUGAGAACGAAGAGUCCAAGCUGCAGAGCACGAGGGAAAAGUCCCGGAACAUGUUUGCCAAGGCAGAUCUCCCGGUUCUUGGCCUUGUCUACUACUCGACCCUGGCAAUUUCAGCAGCCAUUCAUCUCGCCAACGUUGCUCUCUUCGGUAUAAAGUACAGCUUGUUUGGUGGUGAAAACGCGGCGAUGAUGGCCCUGGGUCUGUCCAAGCUGGACAUUUUGAUCUUCACGCUCUGCUCGCUGAUGCUCGCCCUCGGCACGGCGCCGUGGAGUCUGCGACACUGCGGAUAUAUCAACACGAAGCAGGCCUUGGCCCAAGCCGCAGCAGUGGUACUGGGAUCGGCCGUCGUUGGUCCCGCGGCGACGCUCGCAGGUAUCACAGCUUAUCGUGAGGGAAUUGUUGCUGGUCUGAGCCAGUAGGGACAAAUUGAUGAAGGGCAAACUAAAACAUGGUUCCUUGCAGACCUCGCCCAGCGGAUGCGACUCCCAAAUCACUGUUAGAAAGGUCUACUGUGGAGACACAUUGCAGAGUAUCUGGUACUUGCCUUCAAAAAGGUCUUGUUAAUUAGACAGAUUCGUUCAUGUGUCAUUUCCAAUAGUAAGACUAGACUUAGAUUUUCUCCCAAGAAUCUAGGCCAUUGGUG